AUGUGCAACAUCCUCGAGCACGAUAAUAUCUGCCAAAGCUAUAGCACACCAACACCUUCCAAGAUGAAGAUGGAAGAACAGUCAACAAGUCCCAAUGACAAGGAAAUCCUCAGUCAAACACAGGAUCCGUUAGAAAGAAGGAGAUUGCAGAACCGCCUUUCCCAAAGAAACCAUCGUCGCAAAAUCAGAGAACGCAUUGCAAAGCUUCAAGAGCGCGUUAUUGCCAACGAACUCAGAGCUGCAGCCGCUCUUAACGGAUGGGAUCAGGGAUAUAACCCCUCGCUGUUCCCAAGGCCUCACUCAUCUCCCUCGGACAAUGAGCUCGGCUUUACCUCGCGAGAUGUCUCCCCUUUAAUCCCAGACCAAUGUACUUCAUUCAUGCCAUCAUAUCCCCCGUUCUCACAAUCAUGGCCAAACGACUUCAACACAUUCCCGCAACACGGGUACCCUAGCGAUCUAUCCCAGUUUAAUGGAGUCAGUGAAGCAAGUCCAAUAUCUCCUAUAACAAGCGCUCCAGCACAAGAAAACCUCAGCAUGUCACCAGCCAGCUCUGGUCUCGGUGGGGACAUAUACCGAGAAAUUAUAGGGACCCCGGAGAGAUUUGUACCAGACCCCCUGUCUACAUCAGCGCCCAAUCAGCCGCUGUACUAUGUUGCGACUGAAGAGGCCUUGCCUCAAAUUAUCCAGGUCAUCAACACAAUGUCUCCCCAGUACAAAGUGAUCGUUUUGGUUCCUCCAGAGUCUCCAGUAUCGGCUUCUAUGGCUUCGUUCCCUUCACCAACCUCCCCUUACGAUGCUGGUCAUAGCGGGUCAGAUCAUGGUCCUGCAGCACAGCAGUCUAACCUGCAGAAUCUGGGUUGCUUGUGCUAUCCCCACAAUAUCCACUCUGGACCCCCUGCCCACUCCGCUUCAAGGCCUUGGAUGGGCGGGGGAUCAUAUGCGCAAAUGUGUCCUUUACACAAGACGGCGAAUACAGUCCCACCAAGGGGAGCCUUUCCUGUUAGGAUGAUGUGA